AUGCCACUGAUCAUGCGACCUCCCGCCAAAACCAACGACGACGUCGUCGAUGCUGAGCGUCUUCGACAGAUCGCACGUCGUAAAGAGCAGAACCGCAAUGCACAGCGUCGCCUUCGAGAGCGCAAAGAGGAAUACACGAUGCAGCUCGAAGUGCAACUCGCAGAGCUUCACCGUCGAUCGCAGACUCAGGAGGAAGAGAGUCACUUUCUUCGAGAGGCGCUCGCCCGCAUGCGUGCUGAGAAUCAGACACUCGCCGAGCAGAUCAGCAUGAUCCAUCAGGCGGUGCCCUCGACCCAGACAUCGCAUCCUCUUCCACAACGUGCUUCGAUCGACCUUGGCGUCGACCACUUUGCGCCUCUCAACCGCAAUCGAAACCGAUCGCAAAGCUUCACUGCUUCUGCCAUGCCUCACUUUGCUUUUGCUCAUAGCACUGCUCCGUGGGCAACGUCGUCGCAGCAGCCCAUCCCCGGUAUGCACGCACCGUUCGGCGCCAGCGUCGGUACCAUCGCCCCUGGCGCCACACAUCGCCUGCCAUUCUCGACGGCGUCUCCACUGACGGGUACUUCGGCCUUCCCAGGCAGUGUGCCCAUGCCGCAGCACGACUUUGUUGAGGACGUCGCUAUGACUCGCGAUGACGAUGCUAGUCGCAACAGCUCCCUCUCGCCGGCAUCGCAACGACGCGAUAGCAACAUCAUCAGUCCUUUCGACGUGCGAGCCCACCUCUCUCGCCAUGGCAGCGGCCAGACCGACCUGACGUUGCCCUCGGAUAUGACAGACGCCGAUGGCGGCUCUUCGUCAAAGAUUGGACGUAUCUCGGACGAUGGCAAGGUGGCUGGUGUUUCUUCGGGUGCCUCGCCGUCGCCGUCGCUCGCAUCUGCCGCGAUUCCGUCCAGAACCAUGGUGACGGCCGUCGGAGAGGAAGCCAGCUCUGCAGCAACAGGCUUGUCGACCAGCUCCGACGAUGUGAUGGCCAGCUGUCUCGAGAGUAUUCACUCUCUCCCUCAAGCCAACGCCGCUUCGCAAAAGACCAACUUUGACAACGCUGCCGCGUCGUGGAUGUCGUCGACUUCCAACGAAGUUCCUGGUCAACUGGCGCUCUCCGACUUCCGCAACGCCGACCUGUCUAACAUGUCCAAGCCUCUUGGUCUCACCCCCGGCGCGCUUGGCUUGUCCAAUAUGAUGUCGGCUAGCGGUGCCGGUGGUGACGGCUGGUCCAUUUCGCCCUGGAUCCAUCUUGCGCAGACUCCAUCGGGGUCUGCCGGUGCGGCCGCAGCGACCGACAUGGAGCACAGCCACUCGCGAUCGCACACUACAGAUGACCAGGGCUUGGAGAGCGGCAUGGCAUUCGACAGCAGGAAAUCGCUCGCUUCUCGUCGUGGUUUCUCUGGCAGCCUCAAACUCGAAUCGCGCGCCACCUAG